UCAGAAAAGAAAUGACGUCCCAGUUGUUUUCUGUUAAUUUAUCCUCUAAAGCCAAUGUUGUUUCUUCGAGCAAUGAAUGGCGACUAGUAAGUUAUUCAUCAUGCAAAAGCUCUUCUAGGGUCUUCAGGUUUCCUGUUUUGCCACGUGCCACCAUUGCAAUAUCAACAACCCAAGGAAACGAUUUUCUCCUUGUCAAACCCCAGCUGGUAAUUUCUUCCGAAGGAGAUGUUAGAAAGCGAAUCCAUAAUCUAAAGGAAAAUACACGAAGAGCUUUAAUGACAGCUUCAAACCCGGCCAUGAAGUUGAAGCUAGUAGACAUGAUUCAGAGGUUGGGAUUAGGGUAUAUAUUUGAAGAAGAUAUCAAGAUAAUGUUAGAAACAUUAGCUCAUGGUCAACCUGAUGAUGAUUUAUAUACGGUGGCACUUCGAUUUCGCAUUCUUCGACACAACGGUCUUCAUCCUAAUCCUGAUGUUUUUGGAGCAUUUAUGGAUGCGAAUGGUAAAUUUGGCGAGUCACUAGUUGAAGAUACAGAGGGAUUACUGAGUUUAUAUGAAGCUUCGUACUUAGGAGCGAACGGGGAAGACAUUUUAUCACAGGCUAAGGAAUUUACAACAACACACCUCAAGAAAUCAGUUUCGCGAUUUACCCAUAAACUAGGUGAACAAAUUCUUGAGAGUUUUGAGAUUCCAAGGCACUUGAGGAUGGUUAGAUUAGAAGCAAGAAGGUACAUUGAAGAAUAUGGCAAAGAUAUUGAUCACACCCCAGUUUUCCUACAACUUGCAAAGUUGGAAUACAAUCAAGUCCAAUCACUCCAUCAAAUGGAGUUAGCUGAGCUUAGCAGGUGGUGGAGAGAUUUGGGUCUAGCAAGUAAGCUAACUUUUGCCCGAGAUCGCCCUAUUGAGUGUUUUCUUUGGAGCGUGGGACUCUUACCGGAGCCAAAAUACUCCACGGUUCGAAUUGAGCUGGCUAAAACCGUAUCAAUUUUGCUGGUCAUUGAUGAUGUAUUUGAUACCUAUGGCACAUAUGAUGAUCUUGUACUAUUCACAAAAGCAAUCCAAAGAUGGGAUGUGGAUGAAAUUGAACAACUACCGGAAUAUAUGAAGAUUUGUUACAUGGCAUUGCAUAAUACUACUAAUGAAAUAUGUGAUGUGGUCCAUAAAAAUCACGGCUUGAGUGUUCUUCCAUACCUAAGAAAAGCGUGGAUUGACACAAUCCAAGCAUUCAUGGUGGAAGCAGAAUGGGUAAAAAGAGGAUAUGAACCAGAUCUUAAAGAUUACAUAGACAAUGGGAUUACAACAGCAGGAACAUACAUGGCACUCGUGCAUCUAUUCUUUCUCAUGGGUGAAGGGGUUACACCCAAAAAUAUGAGUUCUCUUCUUCAUUCAUACCCUCCUUUCUUUACUCAUGCCGGAAAAAUUCUUCGCCUUUGGGACGAUUUGGGCACUUCAAAGGAGGAACAAGAAAGAGGUGAUAUAGCAUCAAGCGUACAAUUGUUGAUGAAAGAGAAGAAUAUAAAAAGUGAAGAAGAUGGGAGGAAACAAAUCCUGGAGCUUAUACAAACAUCGUGGAAAGAACUGAAUGAGGCGCUAGUUGCGCCCAACAUAUUUCCCUUUUCGAUCGUUAACGUUGCCCUUAACAUGUCAAGAGCUUCUCAAGUUGUUUAUCAACAUGAUGAUGGGAAUAGUUAUUUCUCAAGUGUAGAUGAUCAUGCAAGAUCUCUCUUCUUUACACCAAUAGAUAUGUAAGGGUCUUGAACUCUAGAAUUAAUUAAUUGUUUGAUUAAUACACAAGAGAUUUUUAAGAGUCCGACCCCAUUGAUUUUUCGUUCAUGAUCCGCCACUAGUCUGAUUGAACUCACUCUAGCAGUAUUGUAAUCGUCUCGCCGAGCU